CGGGGCAGCCCAGCGGGUCCGCCGGGAGCACCCGCGCGGCCCCCGCUCCGGGUGAGGGGAGCGGAGCGGGGCACGGCGGGGAGCGGUGCCGGUGCCGCCGCCGCCACCAUGUCCGGGCGCGGCCACAACAAGCUGCCGACCACCGAGCGCAUCGUCAAGGCUGUCCCAUUCCCUCCCACGCAGCGGCUCACUCUGAAGGAGGUGUUUGAGGAUGGCAAGCCGAGGCUCGACGUCCUCAAGAGCCACUUGGUGAAGGAAGGGCGGCUGGAGGAGGACGCGGCGCUGAAAAUCAUCAACGACGGCGCCGCCAUCCUGAGGCACGAGAAAACCAUGAUCGAGGUGGAGGCUCCAAUCACAGUGUGUGGUGACAUCCACGGGCAGUUCUUUGACCUGAUGAAGCUGUUUGAAGUGGGAGGAUCACCCAACAACACCCGCUACCUCUUCCUGGGGGACUACGUGGACAGAGGCUACUUCAGUAUAGAGUGCGUGCUGUAUUUAUGGAGUUUAAAGAUAAAUCAUCCCAAAACGUUGUUCCUCCUUCGAGGGAACCACGAGUGCAGGCACCUCACAGAAUACUUCACCUUCAAGCAGGAAUGUCGGAUCAAGUACUCGGAGCGAGUGUACGACGCGUGCAUGGACACCUUCGACUGUCUUCCUCUUGCUGCCCUCCUCAACCAGCAAUUCCUGUGUGUCCACGGGGGCCUGUCUCCAGAAAUCACGUGUCUAGAUGACAUUAGGAAAUUAGACAGGUUCAAGGAGCCUCCAGCCUUUGGUCCGAUGUGUGACCUGCUGUGGUCGGAUCCCUCGGAGGAUUACGGCAACGAGAAAACCCUGGAGCAUUUUGCCCACAACACUGUCCGAGGCUGCUCCUAUUUCUACAGUUAUCCUGCAGUGUGUGAAUUUUUGCAGAACAAUAGUUUGUUAUCGGUAAUCCGAGCUCACGAAGCCCAGGAUGCUGGGUACCGAAUGUACAGGAAGAGCCAGACCACGGGCUUUCCCUCGUUAAUCACAAUCUUCUCUGCACCAAAUUACUUAGAUGUCUAUAACAACAAGGCUGCUGUACUGAAAUAUGAAAACAACGUCAUGAACAUCAGGCAGUUCAACUGUUCCCCUCACCCCUACUGGCUUCCAAACUUCAUGGAUGUCUUCACAUGGUCUUUGCCUUUCGUAGGGGAGAAGGUCACUGAGAUGCUCGUGAACAUCCUCAACAUCUGCUCCGACGACGAGCUGAUUUCGGAUGGCGACGAGACGUUGGAAGGUGGGACAACGGUGCGCAAGGAGAUCAUCAGGAAUAAGAUCAGAGCCAUUGGGAAGAUGGCACGGGUCUUCUCAGUCCUUCGGGAGGAGAGUGAGAGCGUGCUGACCCUCAAAGGCCUGACCCCCACAGGUACCCUGCCCCUGGGAGUGCUCUCGGGGGGGAGGCAGACCCUGCAGACCGCCACAGUAGAAGCGGUAGAGGCACGGGAAGGUAUGGCUAGAACCCGGCGAGAGACUCAAAUCAUCUCCGUGUCCAUCCGUGGCUUCUCCCCGCAGCACAAGAUCCGCAGCUUCGAGGAGGCGCGGGGGCUGGACCGCAUCAACGAGCGGAUGCCGCCGCGCAAGGAUUCGCUGCACUCGGACGGCCCCGUGAACUUGGUAACCUCGAACUCUGCGGACAAGAACGGCACGGGCAAGAAACCCCAGUAACGCCAGAGGAUCCAAAACUUCAUGAAUUUUAUUUAUUUAUUAUCGGGGUGGGGUGGGGGCAGGGGGAGAAACCGACUUCACCUGGAGGCACGUCCAUAAAUCCAGUCCGCAUCCGUUCUGUGAGAAAGCGACCAUUUUGUAAUUUUUUUUUUAUUUAUGUUCAAUAUAUAUAAAAAUGUCCUUUUUUUUUUUUUUUUUUUUUUGAGUUAGAAACCAAUCCAACUGCUAGAGCAUCCCGGGAGUGUUGUGCUGUCCAGCUGCCCUCCCCGAGAGGCCAAACCUCUGCCGGGGGGGGUCGGAUUAAAAAACAAAAAUCAGUCAAACCAGGCAACUUGGGUCGUUGGCUUUGGCACAAUUUGGAGUUAGCCUGAGCUUUCCAAAGCAGGUCCUUCCCUUCAGGAUACGGUUGGGUUGGUUUUCCUUUACACACCUGUUUUCUUCCCAGAUUUUUCCUGUUGUUUUCUUCCACCUCUUGCCUACCUGCAGCUGCUGCUUUAGCAACCAAUUCCCUGGAAGGCAGAUUGCUGGGAUCCAUCCCUCUUUUCCGAGGUGACAGCCAAGGGUAGCUCCAGAGGGCUCCAGGGUUGUUAACACCAACCACAGCACUUUUUCCUUCAGGAUUUCAGCUUUAUCCCACGGGAGUCCCAAAGGAAAAUAGGGAGAAGGUGGGGGAAGUGCUGUCCCUUGUUGUGGCUCUUCCUCUUGGAGCAGCCAGUCUGUGCAGCUGAAUUCCCUUGGGAAUCCCUCUGAUUCAGAGCAGAGGAAUUAUCUCUGCUGUCUGAUGAGCCUUGGGAAAGCUGCAGGGCCCGAGUUUUAAAGGAAAAGGGGGUGAUUUACACCCUGGAGGCUGCAGCUCCCCCAUUUACCCCCACCACAGGCUGCCCAGCCCACGGCACAUUCCCUGCUCCCAGCUCUGGAAUCAGCCCUUGCUGAGCAGUGUGGGGAGUGGGGGACAGGGUGGUCCCCCCCAGUGUCACCUCCCUGUCCCCCAGUGGGUGUGUGGCUUUGGGCAUCACCCACCCUUGGCUGUUCCAGAGGAGCCAUGGGCAGCUCAGCCUUUCCCAGCAGCUGGAGCAGGGGGUUGCUGAUAAAAGUUUGGGAUAGGAUGGGUGGGGCACUGCUGGUUUUGGGAGAUGUGGCUGGGUGCUGGUGACAGGGCAGCCCCUGGACUGGGAAGCAGGGAAGGCUUGGAAGGCAGAACUCAGUGGAUCUGGCAGGAAUUUUGGCAGGGUGAUCUGGACAGGGAUCCUGGGGGUUCCCAGGGGACACCCCCUGGGUGUUGUCAAGGAUUUUGGAGUGGGAGCUGGGCAUUCUUUCACUUAGACUGGGAGUGCUGGGGAAGGGUUUUGUGGGAUUCCCGUUGGUCACUUCCCAGUGAGCUGUGCAGGGUUUUGUGGGAUUCCUGUUGGACACUUUCCAGUAAGCUGUGCAGGGUUUUGUGGGAUUCCCGUUGGUCACUUCCCUGUGAGCUGUGCAGGGUUUUGUGGGAUUCCUGUUGGACACUUCCCUGUGAAUUUUGUGGGAUUCCUGUUGGACACUUCCCAGUGAGCUGUGCAGGGUUGUAUGGGAUUCCUGUUGGACACUUCCCAGUGAGCUGUGCAGAGUUUUGUGGGAUUCCUGUUGGACACUUCCCUUCCCUUCCAUUGCCUGGAGGUGAGGCAGCAGCUCCUGGAGCACCCCCCCUCCAGCUUUCCCUUCUCCCGUGCUCUCUGCAGGCAGGGCUGAGCCUCUCCCAGAGGAUCUUUGCCAAGGCUUUCCCUGGAUCUUGCUGUCUUCCCUCGGCGGUUCCAGCACCAGAGGAAAACAGCAACUUCCCAGGAAGCUUUCAAAUUGUCUUAGGAUCAGACGUCACCUAAUCCCACGGGGCUGUUUAGGAUUCUGUGAGCAGACCGCUGGGUUUCCACACUUUUCAGUCACAUGCCUCCACUUUCCCCUCUUUUUUUUUUUUUCUUUUUCUUUUCAUUUUUGGUUUUUUUUUUUUUUUUUUCCCUUUGAUCCCUUUUUUUUUCCACGCCCACCGCUUUGCGAAAAGCACGAGAUGUUUGGAGCGAGCUUCUCUCCCCCCAGUCCGAGGAGUGGGGCCAAAUUGCCUUUUGUCUGUGAGUAUUUCUUUGUCCUUUCAGGGCCUCCUGUGAGCAGUGAGCCCGUGUGUGGUACCCGGGCACACGGAGCGUGCCCGGGGCUGCCCGUGCAUGUUCGGGCCUGUUGUGCUGACCCAGGCUGGGAUCUCACCCAAGCCAGCCAGGUUUUAGUCGGGAUAUUUGGGAUGGGAAUUGCGGGACCCCCGAGCCUGGCACCCCCUGUUCCCAGCGUGGGGGGGUCAGCAGGGCCCUGCCCAUCACAGAGGGGGAUUUGCUUUGCUGGCAGUUUGUCCCCCCACCCUCUUCUCCUGCUCUGGCAUCACCGAUUCCCCCUCCCCAAAAUCCUUUUGUUGGACUUUGUGCUUCGUGGUUUGAGGGCUCAGAUCCAGCCCCCUGGUCCUUGGGGCUGGUGGAACUGCAGCUUCCCCGUGUCCCAGCCCUGGAAAAGGGCUGGAUGUUCAUUGUCCUGGCCCUGGAGAAGGUGGCCAAGGGGUGGGAUUUUUGUCCCCCCUUAUCCCUAGGGCUGAUGAGGCUGCACUGUCCCAGCCCUGGAGACAGUGGCCAAGGGCUGGAUGUUGGUUGCCCCAGCCCCAGAGGUGGUGGCCAAGGGCUGGAAGUUGUCCUUGUGUCCCUGUGGCACCCACAGGUGUGGCUGUCACACUGCCAGGUCCCCUCUUCCCUUUGAAGCAGUUCCCGAGGGGGUGAGGAGCAGCGAUGGGGCUCUGGGUGCUAAUUACCCCCUCAAUUAACGCCCCCUCUCCGUGCCCGGCUUCCCCUGCACAGCCCCCAGCCGAGAUCCCCCCUCCCCUCUUUUGGGGACAAGUUCGGAGCAGAAUUCCCUGCCCCGAUCCCCACCACGGCAAACCAAAAAAAACCAAUCCAGAAACGCCCCCAAAUUCCCCCUUUUCCUCCUUUUUCCCCCAAAUCCAGCGCCUCGGAGCUGGGCUUGUCUCUGACCCCUCCUCUCCGAGCUCCCGCCCGUCCCUUCCCCUCCCCGGCUGCCACCUGGAGCUUGGACAACCGGGAUUGAGGGGAGCCCACGGGCCCCGGGGGAGCCCCCCCGGCCCGAGGGAGCCCCCAAAUCCAGGGAAAGCCCCCACCUCCCCGCAGCCUGGGUUUUUUUGCAUGUUCUAGCAAGGUGCAUGUCCAAGGAGGGGAGUCGGCAAUGGGGCGGGUGGUGGGUUGAGUUCAAGCUUAAUUUUCUUUUUGGGAUUGGGAGAACCCCUCUGGCUGCCUCUGGCACAGAUCCCACCUGGCCAGGGGAGCUGGCAGGGAUGCAGAUCCCACCAAACCUCGGCCAGGGAGGACCUGAAGCCCUCCAGGGGUGCAGUGAUGGUGAUUUUAGGGUUCUCGAUGCUGAAGGAUCAUACGCCCGUUGCCUGGAGACUGCCUCCUUUUUAAUUUUUAUUUUUAUUUCUUGCUUUUUUUUUUUUUUUUUUUUUUUAGUUCUGUUGAAAGGAGAAAAAAAAUGGUGAAAAUGUUAUUUAUUGGCAGAAAUUAUUUAAUAUAAUUUCUUUUUUUUUUUUUUUUGUGAAACAAGGAAUGAAUUUGUUAGAACUGUCUCGAUGUAAAUCGGAGUCAUCUUUAAGGAGGAAAAAAAAAAGAAAAAAAAAGUUAAAAAUUGACACAGUCA